CCCCCUAGAGCUGAGUCGCUGGCUCUCUCUUUGCUCUUUUCCACAGCAUUGCAGCAGUCGAGCCUACAGCAAGCAGCUUCCCAUCUCUGCAGCCACCUGCGUCUUGGGCCUCCGCAGCUUUUCCUUCAGCCCCAUAACCUCGCAGAGCCUGAACGCCCAGCACCAUGGCUAGCACCGUAUCCGCAUACAAAGAGAAAAUGAAGGAGCUAUCUGUGCUUUCACUGAUCUGCUCUUGCUUCUAUACCCAGCCACACCCAAACACCAUUUACCAAUAUGGAGACAUGGAAGUGAAGCAACUGGACAAGAGAGCAUCUGGCCAGAGCUUUGAGGUGAUCUUGAAGUCACCUUCAGAUCUGUCCCCAGAGAGUCCUAUACUUUCUUCCCCACCCAAGAAGAAGGACAUUUCUCUGGAGGAACUGCAGAAGAGGCUGGAGGCUGCCGAGGAGAGAAGGAAGACUCAGGAGGCACAGGUCCUGAAGCAGCUGGCGGAGAAGCGGGAGCAUGAGCGAGAGGUUCUACAUAAGGCCCUGGAGGAGAACAACAAUUUCAGCCGUCUGGCUGAAGAGAAGCUCAACUACAAGAUGGAACUCAGUAAGGAGAUUCGUGAGGCUCACCUGGCUGCCUUGAGGGAGAGACUUCGGGAGAAGGAACUUCAUGCAGCUGAAGUCCGCAGGAACAAGGAGCAGCGGGAGGAGAUCUCUGGUUAAUGGGCUUUUCUAUAUGCUUAGCACCUGGUUCCUGAUAUAAAACAAACAAACAAACAAAAAAAAACCACCCACAUUUUUAUUUUGUUUGUCUAGAUGCAACUUUGUCUUCACUACCCUCCCCCUUCUCCUCUGCCUACUCCUAUGCUAACCUCCCUAGUUUAUGCUUUUCUCUUAGGAUCCUUAUCUGUCCAGUCCUUGUGGAGGGCCUUGCUGGCCUUGGAGAACUCUAAACAGAGUAGCCACUAGUUCAUAUGAAUAUAGAGUCAAUCACAUUAAUCACCUGACAAGUCAAUCCACUUGGUUCCUUCCUGGAAUCUUUCAUAAACUUAUGUAAAAGAUGGAGACAUUAAUAAAUUCAACCAACAGUGGCAUGGAAAUGUA